AUGGAAGCUAUUCUAGAUUCAAUUCGGCAUUUCGCCUCCACAGCUGACGAAGUCGCUCAAAAAGAGCUUUUGAACAAGCUGCAAGGAAUAGUGUACAGUUUCGAAGACGUCAGUGACACUGCUGAUCGAUUCGGCCAUGCGCUGAAUUCAAAUCUUCUCAGCAUAUUCAAACUGCUGUCAUCAGCAUUGGAUAUGACCUACAACUUUUCAAGGACCUUGCAUCUUCCCAAGACUCGCCGUAUCCUGCGAUACCUUGCGUCCAUUGGAGCGAUAGAGGAGGUUGGCAAAGACAAGUUUUCUGCUAAUUCAGUGACGAGGAAUCUUGCACACGCGUAUGCGGAAGCGGCUAUCACACACAACUUCGAGAGCAUUGCGCCGCAAAUCCAGGCCAUGCCAGCAUUCCUGCGCAGAACCGAGUACAAAAACCCAAUGGACGGUUUACACGCAGUUUUCCAAGACGCUUGGAAUACAUCGCUCACACCGUUCACCUGGUUUCCUCAUAAUCCUGACAAGUUCGCCUACUUCCAGAAGUGCAUGGCUCUCAGGCGAGGUCCUGAGGUUUCUUGGCUGACCGUCUACCCCUUGAGUGAGCAACUGGCUGCUAGCAACUGGGCAGACGUUUCCAAGGAUCGAGCUGUCUUCGUCAACAUCGGCGGCGGCAUUGGGCACCAGUGUGCUCAGUUCAAGGAAAAAUACCCUGACGUUCCGGGACGUGUGAUCCUGCAAGAUCUGCCGCAAAGCAUAUCCCAAGCGCUUUCAACACCAGGCGUGGAAAACAUGUCGCACGAUUUCUUUGAAGAGCAACCCGUGACCGGCGCGAAGUUUUAUCAUAUGCGAGGUGUCUUGCACAACCAGACAAAUAGCAAUGGGCGGCGACUGUUGACACGCAUCAAGACCGCCAUGUCUCCCGGCUCGAUUCUUCUGGUCGAUGAGUUGGUCCUUCCAGAGCAAGGCGUCGACGCCUACAGUGCUUCGGUGGAUCUCAUAAUGAUGUCCGCUUUCGCGGCAAUGGAGCGGUCCGAGGCUCAGUGGCGUGAUCUGUUCGCCAGUGUUGGGCUGAGUCUGGCAAAGACAUAUACAUACAACCAUGUCACUCAUGAAAGUGUGAUGGAUGUGCGGCUGGCUUGA